AUGGCCGCCCUCGCGGAGCCCCCGUCGAGCGCGCCGCUCAAGGAGCGGCUCAACGGCAAGUGGGUCAUCAGCUCCCAGGAGGGCCUCGACGCCUUUUACCGCGACGCGCGCAAGAUGGGCUGGCUCCAGCGCAAGGUGCUCUGCGUGACGACGGGCGUCUCCGUGGAGUUCGCCUUCGGCGCGGACGAGACCUGCACGUUCACGAUGAGCUUCGCGAUCAAGUCCGGGACGGCCGACUACGUGUUGGGCGAGCCCGUCGUCGUCGAGGAGAAGGGCGAGACCGUGACGACGGUGCUGCGGCUCGAGGGCGAGUCCGUCGUCUUCUCCAAGUCCUUCGGCCCCGACGACGUCGUCGACGACGUCUUCACGCUCGACGGCGAGGACCGCCUCGUCUGCAACAAGACGCACUCGUCGGGCGCGACGGCCAUUCGCACGCACGUCGGCACGCCGUCCUCGCGCGGCGGCGGCGGCGCGGCCGCGGGCGGCGCGGCCGCGGGCGGCGCGGCCGCGGCGGGCGGCGCGGCCGGCGGCGCGGCGGGCGCUGCAGGCGGCGGCAUCGCGGCGGCGGGCGGCAUCGCGGCAGCGGGCGGCGCCAUCGCGGCAGCGGGCGGCGCCAUUGCGGCGGCGGGCGGCGCCAACGCGGCGGCGGGCGGCGGCAUCGCGGCGGCGGGCGGCGCCAUUGCGGCGGCGGGCGGCGCGGCGGGCGGCACGGCGGGCGGCGCGGCGGGCGGCGCUGCCCCCAGCGCCGCGCCGCGGAGAGCGCCCCGCCCCGCCGUCAUGGUCGGCCUCGACGCCGCCGUGCGCGCGCACCGCUUCGGCGCGUCGGGCCGGCUGACGCACAGCCACAGCGAGUCGUCGUUCUACGGCAGCAACUACUACGCCGCGCUGCCCGGCCCGGGCCGCUACGAGACGAACGCUUCCACCCUCGACGCCCUGAAGCCGCUGUCGAAGACGCGCGUCAGCGACUGGCCGCGGCGCUACCGCAACUGCCGGCCGCUCCAGGGGUCCCAGGCGACGGCGAGCAUGAGCGGCGUCGACUCGCUGCUGGAGGUGCCGAGCCCCGCGCCGGGCUCGUACCGGGACCCCGACUCGACGUUCGGCCCCGCCGUCGCGCGGCGCAACUACUGGAACGCGAACUUCGCGUCGAAGACGGCGCGCUUCCCGCCGACGCGCCGCGCCGACGACACGAUCACGCGCCACCUCGGCGAGCGCGAGCACCGCGGCUUCCACCGGUCGCUGCCGCCGCGGCACCGGCACCGGAACCUCGGCCAGCCGCCCGGGGGCCCGCCGGUCAACGUCUACGCGCUCGAGGGCGACCCGGCGGAGCUGCCCCUGGAGCAGCCGAGCUACCUCACGGGCGACGGCGGCGUCUCGUUCGAAGAGGGCGGGCAGUACUACGCGCGCGACGACGACGGCGACCCGGGCCCGCCGCGGAUGACGUGGGUCACGCCGCGGCGCGCGCCGCCGCCCUUCCCGCUCCCGGCGAGCGAGCCCCGCGCGAAGACGGCGGCCGUGCUGCUCAAGCACAAGGGCGAGCUCUCCGAGUUCAAGGACGACGUCCGCGCGGUGCGGCGCCUCGAGGCGUUCAAGCUGCCCCGCGGCGAGUUCCGCGUCUAG